AUGCUAGUGCAUGCCAUAACAGACCACCUCCACACCUGGGAUCGCCAUCUCCCCGCCUCCUCCCAACCGCACCCCUCCACCUCCCCCAUCCCCAUCUUCAAAGACUCCUGCACUGUGCGCGAACGCGUCUACGUCUCGGAACAACGCGCCAUCCCACUGAUCCACCAUCUCGACAACGACGAUGCGCGCUCCGUGCAUUUCGUCAUCUACGCACCUUGUCCCCCCGCAGAAGAUCCCCAAGACCCCUCCAUCCCAGUAGGAACACUCCGGCUGCUCCCCUAUCCAGAUACUCUCCGUCCUCUCCCCAACACGCACAUUAUUGCCGGAUCUCCCACCGAGGAAAUCCCUCCCUCUUCAACAUUCUUUUUCCAGCCCUCUCCGACUUAUAGAGUUAAUCCUGCGUCUACUCUGCACAAUGGGAUAGAGCCUUGUGUACGGCUUGGUCGACUGGCUGUUUUGAAGGAGUAUCGCGGGAAAGGGUAUGCAGAUCUGUUGAUCCAGGCUGCUUUGAAAUGGGCGGGGGAGAAUCCGAGGUUUUCGGAAGAGGCGUUGAGUGAGGAGAAAGGGAAGGUGCCGGAGUGGAAGGGAUUAGUGUGUUUGUAUGCGAGAGAUGUAGCGGUGAGGACGUGGGAACGGAACGGGUUUGUGGUGGAUGAAGGGAUGGGAGUUGGUGGGAGGUGGGUGUUAGGAUUUUGGGGAUGGUGA